AUGAGCAAGUCUCUUCUUCUACUCGCCUGCGCCCUACCGCUGCUUGCUUUUGCACAGGAAUCAGGAAGCAAUCUUCCCCCUCCAGGAUACAAUGGAGGCACAGACAACCCUCAGGAUCCCAGUGAUGCUGGCGCUGCAGGCUCAGCAAAGGCAGCAUUCUCGCUCUCAGGUGGUGCAAUGGCAGCCAUCGUCGUAGUAGCGGUAGUGGUGGUAGUUGGUGGCAUCGCAUCAGCCGUUCUCUGGUGGCUUGCCAAAAAACGCCAAUGGGACGUCCGCCAGUCCAUUCGCCGCGCAUCUCGUCGUCUCACCGGUCGCACCCCUCCCGACAACCCCAAACAGACUCGCGAAAACAGGAGAACAGGUAUCCGUCUCAACUCGCCUCCUCCAGGGAAGAAAAGCAACAAGCCCAGAAUGGACCAAGAUGUCGAAAAGGGCCUACCAUUAUCCUCCAAGGAACCAAGACUCACCACAACCAUCUCCAGCGUCCAGAAAUGA